ACUAGGGGAGGUCACUCUUCGCUCAAGUCUCUCAAAUACUCCGUAAACAAAACGUACGUGUACGCGGAAAUUUCUGCUGUAGGUAGUGUGUGUGUAGCUCGAAUGCUUAUUGAUUAUUUCAGAUGAACACACGGAUGACAAAUAACACUCAAACGAUGACGCUGUGAAUUAAGUCUCGGGGAAAACUGCUACGUUUCGACUGCCGACUAUGGAAGAUGCAGUGGAUGGAGGAGGAGGAGGAUCCCCACUUCCUGCCGAAUCUGGCGAAAGAACCGAUGACAAACCUCAUGUACCCUCUCGGCCAGUUCCAGCCAGACCAGCUCCUCCUCCUCCUGGUGUUGCAAGGCAGUCACCUAUCAUUCCCAGGUCGCAACCUUCAACUGCAGCAGUGCGAACUGAGCAGAUGUCUGCACCAGCAAAACCAUCAGAACCACCAGCAAAGCCAUCGGGAACACCAGCAAAGCCAUCAGGAACACCAGCAAAGCCAUCAGGAACACCAGCAAAGCCAUCAGGAACACCAGCAAAGCCAUCAGGACCACCAGCAAAGCCAUCAGGAACACCAGCACAAGUAACCACAAAGAAGCAGGACCUAUUCGAACAAUCAUCACACAAGAGUGCUGGCAAAACCAAGUCACAGAGCUCAGUCAAAAAAAGACUCGAGAUAACCAUUGUAGAUGCCCGACCCAUGAGUCAGGUUGGUUUCCGGAGUGUGGAGCCUCAGCCAACCUUGACCGCUGGCAAGCCAGCCAUCCCUGUGACACAAGCGAACCAUCAUAGUGUAAAGCCUGCAUUGGCAGAUUCACAAGCUGAAUCAUCUCAACCCACCAUCAUGAGGCCUUCUCGACCAAAAUCUAUAGUGGGAAUAACUGAAGCAGCUGGAGACAACUCUGAGUCCCAGCUCCCUCCACCUUUGCCAAAACGAUCACCCAUUGUCAGUGUUCUCAUAACCCAGCUCAUUUGCACGAACCCCAGCCUCCACCAAAGCCAGCUCGUUCUGCAGAUUCCAUCCGUAAGCCACAAGAAGAAAAGCCUUCUGAAGGGGUGGCACAGGUGGAUAAGCCAGUGCAUCCCAUCAAACCUACCCGAGUUUCUAUCAUACGCCCUGCACCCAGACAAAAGCUCCCACCUGCAGAAGUAGAGAGUUCCAUCAGUGAAGCUUCUCCAAAUAUCAUUGAUAGAGAGAAACCUUUGGAAGGAGCUCAGAUUCAGCAUCUCAAGGUCCACCUCGGCCCCAGCCUCCACCACUACCCAGCCGGCCAACAGCGUCCAGUCCCAAGAUCAGAUUUCUUUGUCAGAGGAAGUCAUUGAGGGUGG